AUGAAGUAUUAUAUCUUGGCUUUACUCGCUUUCCUUGCCGUUGCCUAUGCGGCUCCACAAUGGGGAAACCAAGGCUGGGGUAACAAUGGAGGAUUCCCCGGAAGAGGCGGUGGCCAGCAAGGUUGGGGAGGACAAGGCGGAUGGAACGGAGGUGGACAAGGAGGAUGGAACGGAGGUGGACGAGGAGGAGGAUGGAACAAUGGAGGUGGACGAGGAGGAGGAUGGAACAAUGGAGGUGGAUGGAAUAACGGUGGAGGACGAGGUGGAUGGGGUGGAGGACGGGGAAGCCAUGAAAGACGGGGAUCAUGGGGAAAA